CAGUCGUGCCGGGGGAGGUCCUGACGUAGAAAAAGGAAACAAAACUAGACAAAACACCUGCUAGCUACUACUAGCCUCACAGCUUAACGCCGCUGUAAGUGUUAGUCCCCACCGGCGGAAAAAAAUGUUCUUUAGAUGAAACCUGACCCAGAAUAAUGUGGCCUAUAUAGGCUACACACUUGAAGGUGUACAGGUGGCCUCCAAGGCUGCAGGGGGCGCUAGUGAGAGGGAAACGUCGAAGAACCCAAACAACGAUGGCGUGUUAGCAAAGCCGACUGCAUUUGUCUAAUUUAUUGGUCGUUACAGUGUGUUACAAUGAAAUUGUAUUGUCUCUCUGGACAUCCUACAUUGCCUUGCAAUGUCCUCAAGUUCAAAUCUACUACUAUUAUGUUGGAUUGUGGACUGGACACCACGUCAGUCCUGAACUUCCUUCCACUCCCUUUAGUGCACAGCCCAAGACUCUCAAAGCUCCCUGGCUGGAUUUUCAAAGAUGGAACAAUGAACUUAGAAAAGGAACUUAAAGAAUGCGCCGGGAGGGUGUUUGUAGACUCGCAGCCUGAGUUCUGUCUCCCCGAGAGAGAAUUGCUGGACCUGUCCACCAUUGACGUCAUCCUCAUCUCCAACUACCACUGCAUGAUGGCCCUCCCCUACAUCACUGAACACACAGGCUUCACAGGGACGGUGUAUGCCACAGAGCCCACCCUGCAGAUUGGGAGGCUGCUUAUGGAGGAGCUGGUGAACUUCAUGGAGAGAGUUCCUAAAGCCCAGGCUGCCACCUGCUGGAAGAACAAAGACAUUCAGAGGAUGCUCCCGGGGCCGCUGAAGGACGCAGUGGACGUCUGGACAUGGAAGAGAUGCUACAGUAUGCAGGAGGUCAAUUCAGCCCUGAGUAAAGUGCAGCUUGUGGGUUAUUCGCAGAAAGUGGAGCUGUUUGGAGCCGUGCAGAUCUCCCCGUUAAGCUCCGGUUAUUCCCUAGGGAGCUCCAACUGGAUCAUCCAGUCGCAUCACGAGAAAGUGGCCUACCCGAUGGACCAGAGCUCCCUGAAGAACAGCGACGUUCUCAUCCUGACGGGACUCACCCAGAUGCCCACAGCUAACCCCGACGGCAUGCUCGGGGAAUUUUGCAGUAACCUGGCCAUGACGAUCCGAGCAGGAGGCAACGUGCUGGUCCCGUGUUAUUCCUCCGGAGUCAUAUACGACCUGCUGGAGUGUCUCUACCAGUUCAUCGAGAGCGCCAACCUCGGAACCACGCCGUUUUACUUCAUCUCACCUGUAGCCAACAGCUCACUGGAGUUUUCGCAAAUCUUUGCAGAAUGGCUCUGCCAUAACAAACAGACAAAGGUUUAUCUCCCCGAGCCUCCGUUCCCCCAUGCAGAGCUGAUCCAAACUAACAAGCUGAAGCAUUACCCCAGCAUCCACGGGGACUUCAGCAGCGAGUUCCGCCAGCCCUGCGUGGUUUUCACCGGCCACCCCUCCCUGCGCUUCGGGGAUGUGGUGCACUUCAUGGAGCUGUGGGGCAAAUCCAGCCUCAACACCAUCAUCUUCACAGGUAACGACGGCCGACAACGCCUGAACACAGGGUGUGCAGUGUCCCGUUUGGGUGACGACAGACUAAAAGACUCGUUUCGGACUGUCUUGUCAGAGCCGGACUUCUCCUACCUGGACGCCCUCGCUCCCUACCAGCCUUUAGCCAUGAAGUGCGUCUACUGUCCCAUCGACACACGGCUCAACUUCCACCAGGUGUCAAAGCUGCUGAAGGAAGUUCAGCCGCUCCACGUGGUGUGUCCCGAGCAGUACACCCAGCCCCCCGCCAGCCAGUCCCACCGCUCCGACCUGAUGCUGGAGCUGCAGCCGCCCCCGAUGCCGUACCGACGCUGCUCCGUGCUCAACCUGCCGUUCCGACGCCGAUACGAGCGGGUCUACAUCCUGCCCGAGCUGGCCAACUCUCUGGUGCCCACCGAGGUUAAACCCGGCGUCUCCGUGGCGACGGUGUCGGCCGUGCUGCACUCGAAGGACAACAAGCACACUCUGCAGUCUGUGCCCAAACCGCCCCCCGCGCCCCCCAGCAAGAAGAGGAAGCGGGUGAUGGAGGAGCCCCCCGUGGUGCUGGCCCCCAAGCCCCUGCUGAGCGGAGCCGUGCCCCUGGAAGCUUUUCUCACCACGUUACAAAAGCACGGGAUCACGGAGGUGAAGGUGGAGGAGGCGGGGGACGGGCACAUCCUGCACCUGCAGGCCGAGGACACGCUGAUCCAGCUGGAGGAGGACGGCACGCACAUCGUCUGCGACAACAACGAGCCUCUGCGAGCAACGCUCCGGGACCUGGUGCUCCGCUUCCUGCAGAAGCUCUAGCCACCAGACUCAACCCUUUCAUGUUUACACGUUUUAAUGUAAAGCUCUGUUAUGUUUCCUUUGUCUCUUCUUUUUUUUUUAUAAAACAUGCACAGAGGGAUUAUUUUGUAUUAAACUGUGUUCCAAAAAACCC